GUUUUUCCCAAAUUUUCUGGGGCACACCUGGAAAUCCAGACUUUGCGAGAGGCGGGUGACAGCGUUGCCGCGUAUCGCCGCCUGCACAUGGCUGGCGCGCUGCAGUCUGGCUUUUGCGGAAGGAAAAGAGUGUCUGGAGCUGUCCGCUCAAAGUUACUGCGAGGUAGAUUCUUCCAGUCGUUCUUCACUUUACGGUAUGUUCGUCACUGGCAAGAAAGACAGCAGUUUGUUCUAGGUAUCUCCGUUCUCUGUCGCUCACGCGGUCUAUCUUUUAGCCCGCCAUUGUAUGCGGUGGUUCGUCUUCACCCGCCGUUUUCUUCCUUAAACCGGGCGGACUUCUUGUCAUUGGUUCUCUCCUUUCCACUUUUAGCAUCUUUUCACGGAGCAAAGUCAUGCGCAGAGCCGUCACUUCGGCUCUCUGUCUGUCUGGUUCCACACGCCGUCACCCAGCCCCAAGAAGUUGUCUUUGUGUUUUUGUACCGUCUGCGAGGUUUCUUCACAGACGGUUCAUACUUGUGCCCGUUACUGUCGCCGUUCCGCCGGAGGCUACGAACUUCAAUGCGCUUCGAAUGUUUAUUCCUUUCCGCCUUAUAGUCUCCCCGUCCUGUUCCGGUCCACAUCUCGACAAAUGGAAUCAUGUGAGCCUGGCGACCUGGGCGAGCCUCCGGGUUUGUCCGACGAUUCUCUGAAGGAAUCCACGACUUCGCAGCUGACAAGUGGUUCCACCUCUCACGAUAGACAGACAAGAGGGGCAGAUUUUUCGCAGCAAGAACAGCCGGCCUCCCCCUCUCCUUCGGACCAUUCGCAGCGCGGUGACACCCACAAUCCCUUCUCCAGCGCUAUGGAGACAGAACGCACAAGCUCCUGCGACAUCCACGCGCAUGCGGACCAAGACGAUCCGCGAGACGCGACCGCUCCAGGUCCUCAAGUGCACCAGUCCGGUUCCAACGCCGGAGCGAUGUCUAUUCACAGUCAGCCAGUCUCCCCGUUCACAGACGCUCAAGAACGAAGGCUCCAACUGCAUGCGCGGUAUCAGAGACAUCAGGCGCGAGUGGUGGCGGCGUCUCGAGCUGUCGAGGGGGAGCUGCUAACGCUAUGCGGCGAGUCGAAGAAGAAGGCGCCUCACCUCAAAGAGGCAACAGAGAGGGCUCUUCUUCACAUUCAGGAUUUCCGGGAUAAGGCAGAAGCGUCGAUCGAGACGCUGUCGCGAGCGGCCUGUUCUGCGACCUCCUUCUCAGAAGAAGCAGCCGCGGCGGAGGCAGCGGAAGCAGUUUUUCGUAGCUUUCCCGUCAAGGAGGUUCUCCUCGCCGCGUCGCACGCAGUUCGGACGCACAGCUCCAAGAUUUCCAUGCUGGCACUCUCGCUUCUUCAGCGCCUUCUCACGAGUCACCAACGUCAGUUGCUUCUCCUCCCCUGCGCUCCGGAAGACUCGCUGCUUCUGCCCCAGCCCACGGCGCGCCGAGAGGACUCCGAGCAAGACCCAGAUGACGGCUCUGCCUCCGCACAUGCAGAACCUCCAUGCGCAGACGCUGCUGACUCGCGCGACUCUUCUCUGUGUUUUUCUUUCGAGAGCGACCUUCCCAGCGAAGUGCAGCGACACCGCGAUCGGACGGAGGCGGAGCUCGCGGCCACCGCUGCCUCUGACGUUCUCCUUCUCCUCGCGGUGUUGGAAGAGCUCCUGCUGCUCCACCAGGGCGACGACGAGAACUUUGUUCAACUGAAGGUUCUUCAGACUGCGCUGCUUCUCUUGGCGCCGGACUCCGCUGUGGCGGCCGACGCCUCCGUCGCGCAUCGCCUUCUGCAGCUCUUCUUCUCUCUCUACCGCCGAACCACUGGUGCCGUUCCCUCAGAUGUCUCCGCGGUCUCCGCGCCGGGAGAUGUGCGCCUCUUCGCCGGCCAGGCCGCCUUCCCAGCCCCCGGACCGGCGGGCAACGGGGUCCACUCGAGUGCCGCAGUCUCUCACACUGCAUGCGCGGCCAUGACCCAGCUCGCGGCCUGCCUGGUCGAUGCUGCAGGUCGCGCGUUGAACUCCCAAAGAAGCCGAGAGCGGCGGAGGGAGAGACGCGCCAUGGGGGCAACCGAUCGCGACGCUGAGAGGUCCGAUUUCGAGGCUACCGGCUUGCGAGCGCUGAUCGUCUCGGCCGCCGACGCGCUGCAGACUGCGCCUUGGACGCUGCCCCUGGAAGAGCUGCUCGAGCCGAUCCGUGUGGCGGCCAGCGACGACGGACUGCAUGCGCCUUUUGGAGCUCAGGCGAGUUCUUCCCAGUCGGACAGUGGCUGCAACUCUCCUGAGGACGGCCGCGAGAUCCAGCAAUCCCACAGCGCCCCGGAGCGAGAGGGGAGUCGCACACACUGGCGACAAGAGUCGGGUGGAGAGGCGCAGACGCCUGAAAGCAGUGAAGAGGCGCCUGGACCCGUGGCGACGCUCGAACAGCUGUUGAGGCAGUUGUGCGCGAACUGUCGAGGAGUGUCGAGCGGCGCUCUGUCUGAGAAGAGCGGCGGCUCUUCUUCAUCUCUGUCGUUGGAGAAAGAGGCGGAACGGGAGGUGGACGACGAGCGCGCUGCGGCCGCGAAGCGCUCAGUUUCGAGCGCGGCUUCGCGAGGGUCUCAGCCUGCUGCACCGAGUCGCGACGCUGUGCUGGGGCGAGGCUCGACGUCUUCCUGGUCCCCGUUUCCGCGGCCGUCGUUCUCGUUUUUCUCUCAAGGACGCGGUGGCUCGGGACUGGCACGGGAGGCGGAGAAGGAGCGAAAGGCGGAGGAUCCGCGGCGCGCGCUCCAGCCGCUGCGCACGGACUUGCUGCUUCUGCAUCUGCCGCGAGGCGUCGCUGUGCACUUGCUCGAGAACUGCAUGCGUCGCGGCGGGUCGCUCUUCGUACAGCACCGCGGCUUGCUGCGUCUGCUGAAGCAGGAAGUCUGUCCGGCGCUCCUCGAGCUUUUUCUCCACCAGUCGUACGACUUCGUCACCCUCGUCCGAGCUCUCCGGGUCUUCCUCUUCGUCGCGCGCCAGUUUGGGUCGUUCGUCCUUGAAGAGCUCCAGACGCUGCUGCCUGCGAUUCUCCGCCGCACGGAGCCAGACGCCCCUCUGUGGCAACGCGUCGUCGCCUUGGAAGCCGUCAAGGAGCUCUGUGCCUGGCCUGCGCUGCUUCGCCUCCUCCACACCGGGGGACAAGACCUUCUCAGUGAAAUUUGCCACGGUAAGAAGAGAACUUCCUCUCCCGCAUGCGCUGCCUCGUCCAAAGAAGGGAACAUUGAAUGCCGCGAAUGUCGGGAGGUCAGCGACUCUGGCCAGUGUGGGGAGUGUGGUGACCCACAGGCGGCCCAGGCGGCGCCGCCAGACGAGAAAGGCUCAGAAGAAGGGAGCGUCGUUACUGCUGUCGUCGAGGCACUGGGAAAGACCGUGCACCAGCUGUGUUUCCAAGGCUCGUUCGACAGCCAGGCGCGACUUCUGUCUACUCUCGACCUCGUCCAGCCCCCGUGUGUCUCUCCACUGAUACUCCCCGUCCUCCUCCCUGCCGACGCUGUUCUCCUUCUCCUCGCUGCUGUCCCCGACGCCGUCGAAUCCUCGCUCGCUUCUCAACCUCCUCUUCGCUCUUCUCACUCGGAUUCCGCUUUUUCUUCUCGCUGGAGUCCGCCUUCUUCGUCUCUUUCUGUGUCUCAAGAGGGCGCCCUUUUGCUGGCCUCCUCGAAUUGUUUUGACAUGAGCGCGGGGCGCUUCGAUGUUGCUCCCUCACCCCUGUCGGGCGCUGCAUGCGCGGCAGCUGUGAGCGCGUGGUCUGCGCUCUGGCGCGGAGACGAGAACUGUCUCCAAGUGUCUCCCGAUGGCCCAAGUAGAGACGAGAAGCCGCGCCGAAGAGAGCGGUCCUUCCGGUGGGAGUUCAGAACCGCCUCGAAGAAGCAGAGGGGCGGAAACCUGCGGCUCCUAGACAAAGCUGCGGACUUAGCAAACAUGGACGCGCCAGGUAAAGGCCAGAGCGCCUCGUUUUCUCAGCAACUGCAUGCGUCUCUAGCUGUAGGCCUCGCGCUCGACGGCCUCCUGAGUGUCGUGGAGUCGCUCUGUCUUCUCUCCUUCUCCCCCGACGGCCGGACGACGCUCGACGCCGCCGGCAAGAGCCAGUCCAGUUGGAGCACGCAUGCGAAGUCUUUGGGCGCUGACGAGGAGGUGACGCGAGGAGAGGACAAAGGAACGAAAGGCAGCGGGGAAUCAUGCGGUUCCGAGGACCUGGAUGCCAGACACAGCGAAGGCGUCGAGACCUGGUCAGAGGCGUUUCUUCUCCCUCAACAACAGUACCUUCCGCUCCCGUUAACGCGACAUCAGGCGAUAUGUCGAUCGAUCCUCGGCCUCGUGUGGGCGCCGAUUCUCUCGGCAGUGACUUUGACCUUCGCCGCGCUCUCCACUGCUCCGAGUUGUGAAGCACCGCCGUCGCCGUCCACGCCGUCGCCCGUCCACCUGCUCCCGCUCCUGCAGUGCCUUCAUAACCUCGUUUGUCUCGCCUGUGUGUUUCGCAUGGAAGCUGCGCGCGUCGCGCUGGUGCUCUGUCUCGCUCGCUUCGCCUUGCCUUUCUCGCCUGAAGGUCGCGCCUCCGCGUCCCUUUCCUCGGGCGCGAACGCCAAGCCGGGCCUUGCGGCUCCGCCCACGGCUCAGCUCGCCGCCGAAAGGCCUUCUCUCGGCGCUUCUCUCGGCGCUUCUGUCGCCUCGCCUGCUUCUCCAAACCGCCGCAGCAAUCCGUUCUGGCCAGCGCCCCCGAGGUUCGCUCGCAGCUUCUUUGCACCGGGGAGUCCCCACGCUCUUUCGUCGUUUCCUCCUGCCUUCAAUGACGCCCCGUCGGAGGGAACGGAGCCUGAACGCCUCCGGCGCGCCUCAACCGCGGGUGGGGCGACGCCCGGACUUCGGGAGGGCCUCGCCUUCUCGCGGAGGGAGGAGGAGACAGCAGCGUCGUCCUUUUCCCCGCUCUCGCUGAGCUGCUUCACCUCGCUCCUCUCGAUCUGCGGAUACUUUGGAAACAUCCUCGGGGCUCGAGCCUGGGCAGCGGCUCUCCGCGCUCUACAGGAACUGCAUGCACUCCUUCAACUCCGAGGUCUCCUAGGCUCGCCGCUUGCUCUGGCCGACUUCCACCCUCGCGCCCUACCUUCUUCAGAACUCGAGGAAAAAACUGACGCGACAGACUCUUUCUGCCGUCCCCCCUCGGAAAUCGUUGCUCUCCUCGACAUUCUGCACGAACUCAACGGGUCCUCGGUCUGGCGACACCAAGCGACCUCACGAGACCAAGCGACCUCACGAGACCAAGCGACCUCACGAGACCAAGCGACCUCACGAGACCAAGUGACCUCACGAGACCAAGUGACCUCACGAGACCAAGCGAGCUCGCGAGACCAAGCGACCUCACGAGACCAAGCGGCGCUUUUGGAGCGUAGAGAAGCGGGGCUUGAAGAUCCGCUGACGCAGGUUUUUCGAGUGUUGAAAAGACUCCAGAGGACCCGGGUGUCGCCGCAGGUCUUGGCGUCAUGUCCCUUCGCCGCGAGGUCUUUUCGCGGUAGCAGCGCAGCGGCUUCUCGGAGUCUCCAGGCCCUCACGCUGUGCAUGAAAGUCAGGGCGACAGCCGUGGCGGCGGCGGCCACAGAGAAUGGCGCCAGUGGGACGGAGGUGUCUCCAUUCUCGACUUGCUGGAGUUCGCAGGCCUCAGAGACGUUCUCGGCAGGCUCCAGCGCCUCGUCUUCUCCAGCGCAGGCGCCCCGCCCCGCAUGCGUUUCCGUCUCCAGGUGGCUAGCUGCGGCGCCUCCGCCCGAGUUGAGCAUGCAGCAGGUUCAGCAGGACGUGAUGCUGCGUCUCGCGGCCUCUCUAGGACUUCUCUUUGACUUCUUUCCGCUUUCUUUGUCGGAGGAAGGCCUCGACGCGCUUGUCUCUGCCCUUGGAAGUCUCGCGCUGCAGCAGUGUGUGGACUCGCACGCGCCGACCCCUCCGGAUCUCGCUGCGAGGCAACCGCUGGCAGCUUCCCUCAACGCGUCGCCUCUCUCGAGUCCUCCCGCUUCGCCGCUGGCUUCCGCCUGCUCGUCGCCUGGCCUCACGGCCGCGAGCCUGUCGCACUCUGCGGCGCACCUUUUGAACCUGCCUGACGCCGCAGCCUCGCUGCCUGCCUCACAGAACAUGUCACAGCUUGCGUCACCGCAUACCCCGCAGGAUACGUCUCAACAUGGCUUGAGUGCGAGAGGGCCUGGGGAGACGCUCUACUCUUUGCCUUCUUCUUCGGCGUCGUCGUGGGCGUACUUUGAGUCCAGCUGGGCAGGCGCCGAGGCGCGCAGUGAAGAGGAGGAGAUUCGGAGUUUCCCCCUCGGCCGUCUCGUGGAGCUCUGCCUGUUCAACCUUUACCGGCCGUGCUUUCCGCGUCUUGUUCAAGGCUUCCUUGCACCGCUCGUCUGCCUCGCGACCGCGAGCAGGGCAAAGAGUGAGUCCCAGAACGACGCGGUGACGGCGCUGUGCAUCGCCCUGGAGCUGCUGCUUCCGGCUGUCCGCUGCAGAAGCCGCGCACGCAUGCAUGCGCCACGAGCGCAGCCCCGUGGAAAGAGUCCGAGGCUCCAAGUCGAUUCUGAGAACGCCCCGGACCUUCCUUCCGACUUGCGAGAAGGACGCGACCGCGGGGGUGAGUUGCUCUGCCGAGAGUACUUCUUUAUGCGUUUCAGUGGAAGUCCGCGAGCCGUCGACGAUGCUAAACGCAUCUCUGAGUCUAUCUCCGACAGCACAACUUGCCUGUUGCCCCUGUGCGCGGAGUCGACGGAGGUCCCCGACCGUGUCUUCGAGGACGAGGGAGAAGCGAUGUCAUUCCAGAUCCGCGAGGAAGAAGAAGACCAACUCGCGCUGCUCGCGCCGAUGUGCACACUGCUGAUUUCCGCGUUUCCUGGGCCUCGCCUUGGAACCCUGUUGGCUCUUCAUCGACUCCUGACGCGCCGCGGAGACUGUCUCCUUCCCCGGAGCUGGGCCUGCAUCUUCAGCGCCCUCAGCGCAGCCACGGAGCUCCAGCUCGGCGGCGCCUACCGGCUCGUGCUUCGACGUCUCGCGGCCCUCACGGCUGCAGGGAAGAGCGAGGAGGCAGGCUCGAGAGAGGGAGGGGAACCAGCAGGAACAGACGAGUCUGGAAACGAAGUUGAGGCGAGAGAAGACCGAGCGGAGAUUGAGAAGGGUGGACUUGGACUCGAGAGAGAAAUCAAGGCUCUCUUUUCGCUCUUCGAACUGCUCGUCCAAGACUUCGUUGAAGACGUCCCUCUCAGUUCCGGCUGGAGCACGCUGGCAGUCUCCAUCGCGGCCUUCGCGAGUUGCUCGCGCCUCGGCAGCUCCAUGGCGUUCCGCGCCGUCGGCUUCCUCUGGACGCUUGCCGACGCUCUCGGUCGGCGCCAGCGAAGCGCAGAAAACGGAGACACCUGUCUCCACCCCAGGCUCCGCGCUGCGCAGUCGGAGGCGGAAGAGUCGGGGACGAAGGAGAACAAAGCAGAGGAAAUCGCCGACCGACAAGAGGAGCGCGAGGCCGGGGAGAGCCUGGAGGCUUCGGCGGUGCCUCGUGCGUCGCCGUACCUAUGUUGCGUCUGUGGGGUAUCGAUCGAAAGCUUGUGGGAGGAACUGUUUCUUCUCCUGCGUCUCCUGGCGGUCGAUCCUCGCCCUGAGGUGAGGAACUGCGCGCUGCGGAGCCUCACGAGUGCAGUGCGGACUCACGGCCUCAGUCCAGCGCCGCGCGGCCAGAGCGAACUCGACGCGCCGGCAGAGAGACGCGGAGGCCCAGGACCUGUUGGUGCAGCGCCUGUGGCCUCGAGGGCUCCGGAUCGGCGCGAGGAGGCAGAAGAUGCGGAGCUGCGCAGGGAGGGGAAGUCUGAGGGAGACCGAGUCGGCGUUGGGCGACCUCAAGAGAUGCGAAACUGGUCCUGGGAAAGCUGCGUCUUGGAGAUCGUCGUAGCAACGCUGGCAGAUGUGUACAGGGCGUACACGGAAGCGGUCUCCGGCAUGAUGAAGUCCCCAGGCUCUUCUCUCUCGUCCCCGGUCUCUCCUCCAUCUGUGGAGAUACAAGAGUCUUCGACUUGUAGCGAUCCUGCUCCGCAACCGUCAGGGUCUCUCCCUCCUUCCUCGUCUUUCUCCUCGUCUUCUUCUUUCUCCUCGUCACUUUCUUCGUCUCAGCUCAUCGUCCACCACUCGCGAGAUUCCGCAGCCAAACAGUGGGCAGAAACAGUUGUCAUUGCCAUGGACGGCGCUCUGAUGCUUCUCCUCAACUGUGGCGCCGCUCAAGCUGCCGACGAAGGGCGACUCUCUUCUUCUUCUGUCUCUUCUUCUUCUCUCUCUUCUUCUUCUCUCUCUUCUUCCGUCUCUCAACCUUGUCCUUCUCUGUCGCGUUCCUCUGUUGCACUGAUGCCGCGAGAAGGCCGGAGAGGCCUGGAGAACAUGAGAACGGGGAAAGUGGACGUCGGUGUGGAGGCGAUUGCUCGUUCAGCCUGCGGUCUUCUUCAUCUUGUUCAAGAGGCACUUCUGUCUCCUCUCUCGGCCUCAGAGAUCCGCGUCGCGGCUGCAAAGACUCUCGCCGACGUCCUCAAACUCCCCCAAGCCCGGGUGCAGCUCGCGUCUCUGCGUUUCUGCUCUGGGGGCCUCUCGGGAGCCAACCGUGGGCUUCCGCCUUUGUGCGCCGCCACACAGAGUGUCUGGCGCUUCGGCUGGGGCAUUUGGUUUAAGUUUCUUCUUUUCCUUCUUUCUCCUCUGCCGUGCUCCUCGGAAACGUCGCCUCCUCCACCUUCUUUCCUCUCGACUUCUCUCCGAACUGGAUCCGUCACCUGGCCUUCUUCUCUCUCUUCGUCGGACGCGCCUUCUUCGGGGGUCUGCUCUCGGCAGGUGAGAGAGGGCGUUUCCGACCGCCUUGUGGAGACUGUGACGAUGAAGAUGCAGGAGCUGUUGGAAGCUGCUUCCCGCGCGCACAGCGGCGAAAAAAGGCAGAGAUAUUCCUCGAGGGAACUGGAGAGAAGAAAAGCUGGAGACGCCUCGAGUCUCGCGGGCGCGAGGAGCGACGGCGGGGCUGCAGGUGGCUGUGCAGCCUCACCCGCGGCGGCAAGUCAGAGAGAAAGUGAAAGGCCUGGGAACACCGAAGAGAAGAGAAGGAAGAACAGAGAGGCGAUGACUCCGCCUUGCCCAGAUGCCGAAGGCAGAGAGAAUGCAGGGACCCAAGACGGCGACGCAGAGCCCUUCCCGCUCUUCGAAUCCGUCCUUGCCUUCCAACUGUACCUCGUGUUGCUGACGAAUCCGGCUUAUAUUCGGAGAUAUGGGCGGCGCCUCCAUGCCGCAGUGGUGGGCCUUUUUUCGCAGGCGGACGAGGGCGAGCGUCUCGGCGAGGAAGGCUCAAGGGCGGCGAAAGUUUUCGAGGACCGCCGAGUCGCUCAAACUGCAUGCGCUGAAUUUCCUUCUCUCCAGGAGAGAGCGGAGAGGCCUUUCGCGCGGAGAGAGGCUCAGACUGCCUGCACCGCAGGGCUUGGUGUGUGUGGCAGGGCCGAGGGAAGCGAUGGAGAAGGAGAUUCCGGUGUUUCCUUGUCAAAGGGAGGCGAGGAAAAUGACAUUUGUGCGAGUCUCUGUGGAGGACGGGAUGGGCUGGCGUCUCCGCAGCUCUCUCUCGAAACCGAAAACAGCUUGUUGCCUUCUGAACUUGUUCUCGCCGUGCUCAACUUUGCAGCUACAGCACCGAGUCCUGCUCUCUCUCUUCCUCUCUGUUCUCCAGCUGCAUCUUCUUCUUUAUCACAUUGUUCUGCCUCGUCAUUCGAGACUCCUUCUUCGUUCGCCGUUCUGCUUUCUUCGCGAGAGCUGCAGCGCGCGUCUUUAGAUUCCCUGCUGUCGUCGCUUCCGGAAUUCGGCGGCAGUGCGUCGCAGCGGAGCGGAGAGGGGAGCCGCUCCCUCUUCUCUCCAGUUAUUCUCCAGCUCUCUGACGCGUUCGGCGCAGCCGCAGAACGGCAAGCCCUGGAGUCAGGAUGCUCCUCCGCAGCGGCCCACAAUCCCUUUCAGAGUGGCGCGGAGGAGAGAGAGGCGAGCGCGCGUGAGAGGCGACAGUCAGACGACGCAGGCGGAAAGAAUCCUUUCUCUCCCCACUUCGAGCGAGAAGAGGAGCCUCGGACGCGACCCGAGUGCCGAGGCGACUCGCGGGCACGCACCCAGGAGAGAGCCGCGGACUGUGCGGUCGCCAGCAGAGAGGCGAAACAUCAAAACGAUCUGCUGCUCCUCGACACCGUCCGUGAGAGACUCGCGCUCACCCCCUUCCUCCCGCCUCUGCGGGCGUCGGUCUCGUUGCUGGCUGCCGUCCUCGACGCACCCAAGAGAACGCGAGAAGAAAGACGCGGAGACCACGGCAGAGAACGAGAGGAAGACCAAAAGAGAGAACAGGAGGAAGACCAAAAGAGAGAACAGGAGGAAGACCAAAAGAGUGAACAGGAGGAAGACCAAAAGAGAGAACGAGAAGGAGAACCAGAGGGAGAAGAGCGUGCAUCGCCGGAGAGUGACGUGGACGCCUGCGGUCGGAGUGGAGUAUGGGAGUUCUGUGAAGAGCGAGUUGACGGAGAAGAGCUGCGGAGACUUUUGCAGAGCGAAGAGCAGAACGAAAACGAAGGGAUCGAGGAGGCUCUCUUGCGACUCGUACGAGACACACCGAUCACCAGCACUGUGCGCGUCUCGACGGCGCAGGCGACUCUCGUCGAGGCUCUCCUUCAGGUUUGCCCGAGCCCCGUGGACAACCCCGUUGCGUUUUCUCGGCUUUUUCCCCUCUUUGUGGGAGAGCUCUGCAAAACGUUCCUUCACCCUCACGCCUUCUUCCGGGACUCGGCGAGCUUCGCAGUCGGCUGUCGCAUGCUGCUCGAAUUGCAGAUUCUCUUCCGAUCUUCGUUCAUCUCGCUCCUCUGGCAAGACUACCGACGCAUGCAGGAAUUUCUUUCUGUCUCUUCGUCUUCCUCUUCUUCUGUCUCUUCUUCUGUCUCUUCUUCUGCGUUCGGGGCAGGUCUGGGCGAAGAGCGAGAGGUCUCGGUUCCGCAGAUGAAGGACGACACUCAGCCUGGACUCGCGAAAGAGCGGCGGCGGAGCGACCGCCAAGAGGAGGCGGCCCGGAGAGACGCACAGGUCAACGGGGAAGUUUCUGACGAGACAGGGAAGACGCGAGAGGCGCGAAGGGGGAACAAGCGAAGCGAGAAAACUCGUAGAGACGAGUCAGGAGCGCGGGGGAAGGCGGAGAGAGGCAUGCGUUUCGUGGACAGCAACAGCUUUGCGCGUCGAAGACCUCAGCAAGACGCAUGGCCAUGUGCGUACGCGACAGCCACAGGGAUUCGCAUUGACAAGCCUCAGCCGACUCUCGGCGCUCUCCAAGCUCGAGGAUGCACCGCGCGACAAUCCGGAAACCAGGAGUCUGCAAGACGCGGAGGCGACGAAGCAGCUACUCGCGAGCAGGCCGCGCGACGAGACUCGCAACAAGAAGCAGGUCCCGCAGAAGACGGAGCACCUCAGAGACCUACUAAGAACGAGGCGAAAGAGAGGAAGGAGAGAAAGGAGAGGAACGACGGCGGGGAGGAAGGCGGCCGCGUCAAGGGAAGAGGAGAGACAAAAGACGCCGUUGGCUUUGCAGACGAACCUUUUGAAGUGAGUCCGGGAGCACGAAGAAGCGACGCCUGCGGCUGUCGCUCGCGUCCCUGCCUCCAGUGCAAGUGUGGGCACAGUCCGACCGGAGUUUUGCUUCUCUCUGCGGUGCCUCUCUUCGACGCUUUGACAGUCCUCGCUUCCUCUCGAGCCUCGCCUUCUCUCGACCGGCUGCAAGUCUGGAAACUGGCUGUUCAAACUGCUUGCGUCCUCGUCGAAGACGCCUCUUGCUUCCUAUCGCAUCUCAGCUGGCUCUCCCCGGCGUCGCGGAAAGAAGCCGCUUGCGCGCGACACUGCCCCGCAAGCGGCGAGCCGCAGGCAGACGCGUUUGCAGACGCGGAAGAAAAGUUCUGGACUGCUGCAACUCACACCCUUCAGUCCUUGCUCCGCAUCCUCUCCACGCCUCCUCUUCCGGCUCGCUCCUCGGAGGCGUCGGGGAACGCGCGGUUCGCGCCUGCUGCGGGUAUGCUUGGGCUCGAGUUGGAAGCGAACGGGAGGACAAGGACCGUGCAGACAGAAGACGGCCUCGCGGAGGCCGGCUCCCAGUCCUCUGCGCUGCCGUCUGCUUUCUUCUUCGACCGAUGGAUUCUGCGAAUCGCCGCAGACGCUCUCGCGAAGCCUGCCCGACGCGACGCCCCGUCCGCCACAUUGUACCCAUUCUUUGUCAGCGUCUUGGACUACUACUGCACUGCAAGCAGCGAGAGGCCUGCCGGCAUCGCCCACGAAGCGUUCUGCACAUUGUUUGAUCUCUCUGAGGAUCGCUUCACUUGCAUUCUGCCUCGGUCUCCUGCUGUCUCGUCUGUCGGCGACGCCGCCUCGACGAGGAGGCGCAUGCAGAGUGUCUUGCCUCUCGUGCUCCGUCGCUGUCGGGGGAUUCUCCAGCGUUUCGCAACUUCUUCGAUGUCUUCUCCAACUUCUGCUUCGAGUGCGAGUGUCAAUUCUUCUGUAAAUUCAUUGGGUUCCCUUCCUUGCUCGGGGGCGGAGGCCCACCGCAGCGCCGGCCGUCUUCCUUCGGGUGACCGGGGAGCCUCAUCUUCGUACCCUACGCGGUCGCCGCAACUCGGACGAUUUCAGCUCCUGCUCUUUGUGCUCUCGCGUCUCCGCUCUCUGCGAACCUCUCCCCUUGCCUUCGAAGAAGACCAAGAGAAGGACGAUGAGUUCCAAGCUCUCGAAGAAAGUGCAGGUCCAGACAGUGGCGACUGCCUGCAGGGCGAUGCUCGCGGCCUGCAAGCAGUCAGGCCGCAGCAGCGGCGCGCCGCGGCGCUACGAGCGUCGGGAUCCAAGGCGCAUCUCCUUCUUCUCCUUCCUCAACUCAUUGCAUGCAUUGGCUGCGACGACAGAUCUGUGCGUCGCGAAAUCCAAGCGGUGCUGGGAAGUCUCUGCAGGGAACUGGGCGUCGAAGAAGAAGCUUCGCUAGGCAGCCUCGCGCCCCGCACUGCGAGCGCCGCGCCAGCCGAGGCGAAGCGCGCGAAGCCAGGCGCCGCCCAGCGAGCUGCAUCGCCAAAUUCGGGACCGCGAAAGUUUCGAAGCGUUUUUCGCUUUCGCGACUGCCCUUUGCCCUUGGACAAGACGAAAAAGCGGCCGAAUCGUCUGCCACCUGACUUCAACCCUCGCAGUGCUCUGAGGAGCUCGCGCUUCCGUUCUCGGAACAGCCACAGCGGCGACUCGCUAGCGGGGACGAAGAACUCGCAAUUCCUCUGCAGGAAGAAGCUGGCUCGCCCAGCGCCCGACUCAAGCGCCAGAACUCUCCUUGAAGAGCGCGUGCAGAGAAGUUCCGCCGCCUAUGCCUGUCGAAGGGCAAAGAACAUGGAGAAACUCCCGACCAUCAUUCUCCCCGGGGGGAAGGCCGUCGACGAAACUCCUCUGUCGGGUCGCAGCGGCUGUGCGGCGAAUUCUUCGCCGUCGAGCUCGUCGAGCAACCUGCGGCUUCCCGAGGCUUCGCAGCUGUCGCGGGUGGACAGCCUGCCUAGCCUCGUCCGCUUUGUCUCUCUCCGACUGCGCGCGCGGAAGUCGCCUCAACUCGCGGAAGACUUCUACGUCCGUCGCAUGGGCAUGACGCUGCUGCAGCCUGCGGUGCCGCAGAGCAUCGCCUGUCUCGAGGGCGGCGCUCUGAAUCGCUCGCGCUCGGGAUCUCUGCCUCGCGUUCCCGUUUUCAGUCGCAGCAGCUCUUCGCUGGGCAGCGCGCGCGUACGCAAAGUUUCAGCCAACGACGCGCUGGAGACUGUCGAACGAACGCUGCCGCACAAGCAAGAGAGGGUGGAGGAAGAGAAGCAAGAGAGGGUGGAGGAAGAGAAGCAAGAGAGGGUGGAGGAAGAGAAGCAAGAGAGGGUCGAGGAAGAGAAGCAAGAGAGGGUGGAGGAGAGAGAGGAUUCAGGGGGAAAGAGGGAGGAGAAAACGACUCAUCUGUCUCCUCAAGAAAGUCUGUGCUCUAGAGCUUUGAAACAUGCUGGCAGUGGUCGUCUUUGCGAGGAGGAAGAGCGCCACUGGCUCCUCAAGAAGAAGCGGUGCGCAUGCACUGUCGGAUACAACUACGACCGGGAGGUCGCUUUCUUCGCAGGCAUGCGCGAGGACAGUGACAACAAAGACAUGCCGCGCAUUGCAUGCACUUUCAAGGGGCUGCACCACGAACUUCUUCUGGAAAUUGUUUCGCCGGAUGCCGAGAUUCCAGAUGACCAAGUCAUCCCGUACCGCCACCAGCACUGGCACACCUUCUCCCGAGUCGCCUUCUCCGUCGCGGACGUCAAUGCGGCGCAAGUCGCGCUGUCGUCGCAGAUGCUGCGUGUGGGGAACGCCGCGCAGUUCACAGACGUCAACUUCGCCGUCACAUUCCUCGACCCUGAGAACUUCAGAGGUCGCAUUCUGCAGCAUUUGUCCGAGUACGCGUUCGCGAGGAGAGAUGGUGUGACGCGGUCCUUCCACCGCCGAACGCUCAGCCACUUGGGACUCGAGGACGUUCCGCCGCUCGGCUCGAGGGGAACGCUCCACCAUGUGGAGUUCCGCGUCCGAGACGUCGGCGCGAGUCUCGCCUUCUAUCAGAAGGGCCUGCAGCUGCGUUUGAUUUCCAAGCAGACAGUGCCUUCCUUCGGAAUCACUUUCUUCUUUCUCACGUCAGAUCCGAACGCGACUCCUCCCGUGCACUGCGGCCUCGACUCUCACGACAACCGCGUCUGGCUCUGGGAUCGAAAAUUCUCUUCCAUCUGCUUGAAGGCCUUUACGGACAAGAGCGUCGUGGUGGAACCGUAUCGAGACUUGUCGCCUGGCGAGUGCGGCUUUCUCGGACUCACCUUCCUCUGCAGACAGAUGAACGUUGCAGACUUGACACAGUCGCUCGAGGCAGUAGGCGCGAAGCUGGAAGGAACGCACGAUCCCGUCUACGGCUGCCGGGUGCUGGAGACGCGCGACCCAGAGAACAUCCCCAUCCGCAUUGUGGUCUGCCCCGACGACCUGUGGGCAACCUAAAUCACGAGACUGGCGAGGAAGAAGCGAGAGGUCCGGAGAGCCUGAGAGAUCCGUGGAAGACCGAAGAGGAAACAAGAAUGGCGACGAGAGGGCGGUUCGUAUUCGGCUGUUCAAAAAACAUGAAUGGAAAACGUAGCUGCAGGGUGUUCCUCGAACAGGUUUACGUCGAACAGGUGACUGUUGAGAAGGGGGGAGGCCUGUCGAGCUUCGUCUCUGCCGUCACAGGUGCGAGGAGAGGCGAGGGCGCGGCGACUGUGGAGAUUUUGCCGUCGGAGGCAGACGUGAGAGAAGCGGAAAAGGACGCGUCUGGAUUUCGCGAGCGAAGAAGGUGCUCUGUGUAACGUCUGAAGCUACAGUCUCCCCGCUGCACGUCGCGAAGUGAGCGACUCCGAGGGUGACGGAAGUCGCGUUUUUCUGGGAGGCUUCCGAACUCUGGCGGCUCUCGGCAGAGCAGAAGAAAGAAGAGAGAGGAAUCAACUUCGGAUGCAAGGGGAUCCAUUUUCCUCGUCCACCUCCUGGCGGACCGUGAGGCUCUUGUUCUCCCUUCCUCCUGUGCCCUGGACUCUCUGCAGAAUCCCCUCUCCGCGGAUGUACGUACAUCCGGCUGCGGAUGUCUCUUCCAAGAGUGCCGGCGAUCUGUGAACAGUGGCUUUCUUGGACGUUUGUGUUGUGUCUCUUUUGAAAACGAAACGCGUCGACCCUACACAUGUCCUUUCGACUGGACCCAAACGAGUGCAAGUGCAAUUCUAGGACGAAUCUAUCGUUCUUUGGGAAGGUCUCGCGACCUGUCUCCUGCGUUCUCGGCUUCGCGGAGUGGAAAGGUACACGGCUCCGAACCACCGCAGGAACGCAGAGGCAACUGCCCUCUCCACUUCUUUUGUCAGCGCAAAUCUCUAUGGACGUCGUAGCCAAGGAGCUAUUCAGACGUCCGCGAAAAAAUGCCCGCAAACGCGCGUCAGGCGAGGCGCCUUUGCCGCUGACGCCUUGGGCGGAUAUCCGCGAUGCAGAGGUCGAAGCGCGCAAAGACAUCACAGAGGUUCCGCGCAAAACUGACGGCGAGUCUUCAGAAAAAAAAACUCCAGAUGAAAAAGCUUCCUACUCAGACGAGCUGAAGCGAUUCGCACCACGAGGCACCUGCCAACGCCCUCGAAACAGGAAGACGCGUGCACAACCAAUUUCGCUCCACCGAU